AUGGACUUCUCGUUUGGUGAUAAUUCUCUCGCGGUUCCCAUGCGGGAAUUCGGGUUCCAAAGUGGAAAUGACCCGCCCCGGUUGUCACCUGUUUCGUCGUCAUAUCAGUCCAUGGCUCCUCUGCAAAACAUGGCAUACGAGAUGUCUAGUGCUUCUGUGAUGCAGGAGGAGUCAUAUAACUCUUUUGAACAGCCUUCAGUAGUUGUGAACGGUCAUUAUCAAACAAUGGAGCAGCAAGUUAUCCAACCUCAACAAGGAUAUUUUCAGGAGUUCACCACACCGUUUCCUUUUUUGUAUUAUAUAUUCCAAAGACCAGAACAAAUGGAUGACCAGUUCGCAUCAAUACAGCUUUACCAUUAUCCUUUUUGCGAUGCCGAUUUGACUGUUCAGGCUGUAUCUGAUGCGCCACCUCAGCAGGUGAUGUCAACUUCACAUCAGCAGCAGGCUCCAUCCGGAGGCAGCAGCAAUGCAUCGGGUUCACUGGUUCAACAAAUACUUAGCACUCCGUCUACAAGGCAAACCCCGACGCCUCAACAUAACCGUCAGCGUCCUAUUCAACCGAAGACUCAGAAUAAUGGACGAAAGAGAGGGUCUGGUAACGUUGGCGAGACCGUGUUGAGUCAAGUGAAGCAGGUUGCUGCCGCUGCUGCUCCUACUCCACAACCGCGAUCAACACCCCGCUCUCGAGGAAGUCAUGCCAGCCGGCAGACACAUUUCGAGACUGGUCACGAGUCACCACAAUAUCAACCUCAGAUGUACCUGGCCAGUCAUAACCAAUUCCCAAGCACAAGCACGGCGCAAUUCCAAGAGUACUCUACUGGUAAUGCUAAUCAGACUCAAAUUGUUCAUCAGCAGGAGCAGGUUUGUGGUCGCCAGCAAAACCAACAGCGGACGUAUAGGGCUCAAACUGCUACUACCACUGUGUAUCAUCCACCGCCGCAACUGCCACCCGGCACUGUAUAUGUGCAGAACGUUCCACAAGCAGCGCAAGCCCAAUUCACAUCUUCUCAGCCAACAGUUGGAGAAGUGGUACGGCAGCAGCAUCAGUUGCGCAUGUUAUGGAGUCAAAACAGUCCACAAGUUGAUAGUAGCCACUGGAUAGGUCAGUCCGUUACUGGUGCUCAAAUUCGCUCUCAAAUUGUGCAGCAGUCACCUCUUCCUGCUCAAAUUGUGCUUUGCGCCACCGGUUCAAGCCAACUCCUCAGGCUGCGGAACUACUUUGAUAGUUUGCACACAACUCUCGCUAAUCCUGACACUGAAACCCCAUUUGCUGAUCUUCGCGAUGUACUGCAACGGCUACUGCCUUAUCAUGCAUAUGGAGAGCCGAAUUUGAGUGAUGAGCAUCUAGAACAAUUCGAUACUAAUUACAUGCGCAACAACAUAAACCUGUAUGAACAGAGGAAACAUCUAGAAAAGCGGUUGCGGAAAGUGUUCUACGAUGAGGCCUUGAACGGCACUGAAGCUGAAGAACGGAAUUUGUUACUCUAUCUUGAUGGUGAGUAUGCGAAGCGAAAACUUGAAGAAGAGAAGGAAUUUGUCAAACAAGGCAAUAUCGAGGCGUUCGUUCGUGAUAGCGCGAUCAUUGCUGCUCUACGUGAUACGGAUUACGAAUCAGCUGAGAAACCAAAGCUGGCAAAUCCACCAUCGAAGCCUUCUAGCUCGAAAUCGAUCAUGCAGCAGUAUGAAUAUCACACGUUUGAUGAAAUUCCUCGAGUGGUAUCACCAUACAAGUCGCCGUCACCAUUCAAGUCUCCUGCGAGUAGUAUUCGAUCACCCUCACCAUGCAAAUCACCCUCCUCUGUUGUAUAUUCGCCUCGUAUUCGUGCAAGGAACUGUUCACAGUCUAUCCAUGUGUCCCCGGCCCCCGUACAGGAACAUGCUCGGGCUCGUGGGCAACCUAAACCACGAACGAGUUCGGAAUCCACGUCGGAAAAGAGUGAGGCUCGUAGUACUCCACUGCCACCUCCGCUCUCAAGUGUGGAAAGCGGUCAGCAAAGAUUCUUCCAAGAGCUCACCCAUGGCGCCAUCUCCCGUUACUUCUGCUCCUGGAACGCCUGCAUCUGUGACAUCCGCUCCCACAUCACGUCGGAAAAGAGUGAGGCUCGUAGUACUCCACUGCCACCUCCGCUCUCAAGUGUGGUUACUCGUAGGAGUACUCCUUUGAGGAAAGCGGUCAGCAAAGAUUCUUCCAAGAGCUCACCCAUGGCGCCAUCUCCCGUUACUUCUGCUCCUGGAACGCCUGCAUCUGUGACAUCCGCUCCCACAUCACGUGCUCCAGUACCUACCACUACUGUGACGCCCGCAGCUGUUUCCACUCCUGUGGAGGUCGCCUCAGAGAAGGCAGUUUCUGCAGCUCCUGUCGCCAAGAAGGCAGUUCCUGAAGCUCCUGUCGCCAAGAAGGCCGUUCCUGAAGCUCCUGUCGCCAAGAAGGCCUUUCCUGAACCUCCUCCAGUGCUGCCCAUUCCUGAGAAGCCUGCUCCUGUGGCGCCUUCUCCUGUUGUGACAGCUCCGGCUCCUGUUGUGACAGCUCCUGCUCCUGUUGUGACAGCUCCUGCUCCUGUUGUGACCAGCUCCUUCUCCUGUUGUGACCGCUCCUUCACGAAAAAGGGGGUACUGGAUGCUCAUGCACCUGUCUCGACGCCAGGUCGUCUACCAGCAAAGAAGGAAUUGCUGUGCCGAGCGAGGCAAGGAGUACCAGCUGAAAUGCGUUCGCCACCUGCUCACACCAGCAUUACAACAUCACUGCUGUACAAUCGCAAUUCGCUGGAGGACGAAGAUUCAGAUGGAUCGGCAUCACCGGAGCUUGGUAUCGACGAUGUAAUUCCUUUACCUACAUCGAUGCAACCUCGCUCUCCUGUCCCUCAACCCAGUGUGCCUCCACAAAGCCGGCCUGUGCCCAUACCACCACCACCACCUAGGCUACCUCCUCAGAAACCUGCUGUUCCACUGCCUCCACCGCUGCCCAGAAGAGAGAAGUUAGUCGUGCCACCGGCUCGAACCUCGUCUCCAUUAGUGAAACAAGAGAAUGUUAGACCAUCAGCAAAGCCAUCAGUCGAAGAGAAGCCAGCCGAGCGCUUCCGCUUCAAACCUCAGGUACCACGUCCAACUCCUGUAUCACCACUGAAGCCUACAGUUUCUAAACGUGAGCCUACAGUGGAACCUGGCUUAAUAGGAAAGGAUGUCAACUGCAUUAACCAUCACACAGGGGACAAAGUUCAGCCACCCAACUGCGUAAGAGCUCCUCCAAUAAAAUUGAAGUUGAAGUUGAGUGGAAAGGAAGUAUACAUUGAGAACAACGAAAACAGUGUGAAAGACGGCGAUAAGAAACACAGGAAACACAAGAAGAAGAAGAAAGAGCGGCAUAAGGAACAUAUUGGAGGUGUGAGGCAUCACAAAGAGAAACUACGUUCAAAAGGGCACAAAAAGUUGCAAAAUAGGAAAGAGAAGCACGCCACGUCACCACAGGAACUGGUCGCUGUUACGUCAAAUGGUGUUCGAAUGAAGCUGAAGUUUGGUGUGGCGACAAACAGCAGUGGUUCAGCCACUCCUUCACAGGCUGCGUUGUCGUCAGGCGAGUCCUCAGAGGUGCAGAUGAAAGAGAAAGUGUUGGAGUCACAGCCUUCUACGUCAAAAGCGUCAGCUCCUACGACCGAAGCAGUGAGGAUACCAAGGCUCAAGAUACGUAUUGGUCCUGAAUCGCCUGCACUGGUGAUUGCGCCUCCGGUGAAAUCUCCAGCAAGUCCACUGGCUGUCCAACCGUCAAACUCCUCUUCUACAGAUAAAGCUGUAGGGAAGUCUAAGUUGCCACCUGUGAUCACUACUGCGCAAAUACCAAUAGCCUCCUCGGAGCCGCUGGCUGUCGAGUUCUCCGAUGAUUCCGAUACGGAAGCUGAACGUUUGCGGUGUGCUACUGAUAAGGCUCUUCGUGGAAUGUCCAAUUUGCCGGGAAUGACGCGACCAAAUGCGUCGGUGCUACCGUGGUCGACGCAGCAGGCACCGUGA